AAGUGAGUUAUUAUAAGGUUAGAAAAAAAACGCAACCACUUUAAGGAGGGUUUCAAUUAUUGUUUCAAGUCUCAGAAAACUUCACAAUUAUCUCCAUCUACAUGUGCUACGCCUAACUAACAAUCACCACAAGAGGUCUCCACGUUUACAUUUAAACGAGCGCCCUUAAAUAUCGAUUACCAAAAACACGAAGGCGAAUGUAAAAGCGCACAGAAAUGACUGAACUCGGUUUGAAUGGCCAUUCAAAAUCGUUCGCGCGACACAUUUUGGCCGUAUUUUCGACAACGAAUACGACAUGGACUGAAGAUGAUCGACAUCUAAAUGAGACGCACGAUUCUGACUUUUGGUGGCCCUGGUGCUACCAGUGGAAAGACCUGCAGCACAUUCUUGUGCAUUUGGCGAAUGUAUGCUUUGUAAUUGGAUACGCAUCGACCUCGUCAAAGAAGGGACUUCUAUUUACGCACUGCUGGUUGAUUACAGGAUUGAUGCUGGUUUCGGCAUGGGCCUGGAAUGUGAUUUGCGCCCCGGAUGUUUUCACGUGGAGCUUUGCGUUUAUGUUACUAAACCUGGCGCAAGUUUUCCACAUCCUGUACCAACUGAGACCUGUCAAGUUCGAUCCUGAAUUGGAAGAGAUAUACCACAACCUUUUCUACCCCUUUAAGGUUUCAAGACUGCAAUUUAAACGAAUGGUUAGUUCAGAUUUUGCACAAAUAAUGUCUUUGCACGCCGGGGAGGCGUACGCCAUGCAAAAUCUUACACGACCCGAUCGACUUGGGCUACUCCUGUCCGGGAAGGUGAACGCACUGUGUGACAAUCAAUUCCUCCAUCCGAUUUUACCGUGCGAGUUUCUCGAUUCUCCCGAAUUUGAGUCGAGUAGAAAUACCAUCGAUGACAAAUUUAAGGUAUCCAUUGUAGCCGCAAGUAGCUGUCGAUAUGUUUUCUGGCAACGAAGCGCUUUGGAGUACUUGUUUGUUAAAGAAACGUAUUUGGCUACGGUAUUGACAACGUUAAUCGCGCGAGAUAUUACAACGAAGUUGUAUGCAAUGAACAAUAAAAUUGUUACUGCGAAAGGUUCGCAUUUAGAUAUCAGAUUGCCAAGUAUUACAUCGUCGUUAACGUCUGGGGGAGAGUAUAAGUCACCGAUCAGAAUUAAAAAAGAUAAUAUAGGGACCUGCCCCGGUUCGCCCGACGCCCUCUUGGGGGACAAGUGUCGCGAGAAAAUCUACCAGAAGUUUAAGGAGAACGGAUCCAUUUUGACGAACGGCAGAAAUAUCAGCGAAAUGGAGCCUUUAACUGAGUUACCAUCAACAGAUGACCUCACUUCGAACGAUGUCGAAAGCUGGCUGGAGAAUAGCUCUAAGUAUCAUAGCUGUGAAAUAGUCGACAUGGAAUAAUAAAUAAAUUAAUUAAA